CCGGCUUUUCGCUUCAUGAACCGCGCCGAGGCGCUCCUCUUGGAGCUCGAGUCGUCGGCGUCCAAGCUCGUCGAGCUCGCCCCGACAGCGGGCGAGAGCCUGCAGGGCUUCUCCGCCCACGAGGUCGAGCGCCUCUCCGAGGCGCUCGCUGUGCAUGUGCAUGCGGCGCUCGCCGCGGCGGCUCCGGCCUUCGACGCGGCCCCCGAGGGGAGCAGCGCGGUCAGCGGCGAGAGCGUCGAGGGCGCGCUCGGGAUCCUCGCCGCCGCGGCGGCCAUCGCUCGCGCCAUCGCCGUCGAGCCAUCCUUUGGCAUCCCGGAGAAGCUGCAGGCGGUGGCAGAGGCGCUGCACGACAUCAUCUUUGACCUGCACGACCCGCGCGCGUCAACGCUGCAGGGCGCCAUCGUCGAGCUCUGCGAGUCGUGGUGGCUGGCGGAGCGGCCGGGGCGGGACGAGCUGGUGCCUCAGACGAUCUCGUACCUCCUCGUCUCCGCCCUGCACGAGGCCGCCACCGCCGCCGACGUCAAGCGCCUCUGGGCUCUUCGCUCGGCGCUCGGCGUGCUCGACUACGCGGACCCGUCGGUCGCGGCGCUCAAGCGGCUGCUGCUGCACUGCAUGAUCAAGCCGCUCGUGCUGCGGUGCGCCGAGGGACGCAAGCUGCUCGUCUACCUCUUCGGCCUGCACCCGCCCUUCAUCGCGGAGCUGCACCGCGCCAUCAAGGCGCAGAUCCCGGUCUGCCGCAAGUCGCUGCGCGAUCUCUACGGCGAGAUUUACUUUCGGGCGUGGCGCGCUGCGUCGGGCGCCUCUUCUUCCUCCACGAGCGGCGGGGCUCGGGGCGGGAGCAGCGUCUGCGCCUACCUCGAGCGGCUGGAGGAGGGCUGCCUGCAGGACCUGAUGUUCCACGCGGUGCACGCGGCGAGCGCCAACAUGGCGACCGCGCUGCGGCAGGUGCUGGCGUACACGCACGCGCAAAAGCGGCAGCGCGGCGUCGACUCGAUGCUGCUGCGGCUGUACGAGCCCAUCCUGUGGCGCGCGCUCAAGGUUGCGAACCCGCAC